UCUAGGGUUUAGGGAUUUUCGAGAAAUGGCAUCGCAUGACGAGGAGAUUUGCGCGGCGCUCACUCGCCUGGCGAUGGCGGGCGACGGCAUCGUCCUCGGCCUAGGUAUGGCAGCGCUGGCGCUCCGGACCUGGCUCAAAUUUGGCUCCCACACCCGGGCGCUCAAGCAGGUGGAAGGCACGGCGCAGGUAGAAAUUCACGAUCUCCGGAGCUUGGUCGAGAGCGGUGAGAAAGAACCAUCGUCGGACUCUUCCCCGCCGCUGGUAAUCGUGAGAGGCCGAGUGGCUUUGCCGCCAAAGACGAGCAGCGAGGAGGUCCUGCUUGCGAGGAAUCAAACAGAUUUGGCAGUCUUUGUGGAGAGAACGCAAACUUAUCUCUUCAACGAGUGGAGAGGACUCUUUCGGUGGGGACCCGAAUGGCGAGGCCUUUUAGGCUGGGGAUCUCUCAAGGAGCAAGUCGCCUUCUCCAGGAGGAAGAUCCCGUUUGUUCUACUCGACAGUGAUCCUCAAUACGAUGGUGCUUGUGUUCACAUCAACAUGGAAAAUGUGGAGCAUCCUUUGCCGCUUGUGACGGUGUUUCACCAGCUGCAUCCAGUUCAAACAUCGUCCUCCACUUUUCUUCAAGCAGUCUUCGGUCGACGGUACCCAGUUGGUGUCAUCGACGAGGAAAAAAUCCUUCCACUCAACCGAGAGAUAACCGCUGUAGGAUUCCUGAGCAAACAUCCCCAAGGCCUCCCGGCUAUUAAGUCUUCCAACCAGAUGCCUUUCUUCUUGACGGAGUUUAGCAGGGAAGAACUGAUCGUGGAACUAACCAGCGCCACUCAUGCUCUUUUCUGGACUGGGAUCGUGAUCAGCUCUCUGGCACUGGGAGUUAUCGGCUAUUCUGCCUUCAAGAACUGGUGUAAAUGGAAAGAGUGGAGAAGGUUGCGGCAAAUCCAGGAGGAGCUGCGCCGCGAGGAGCAAGUGAUGGAGGAGGACGAGGAGCCGGCGACGACGCAGGAGGGGUCCGAGGUCCCGGACGGGCAACUGUGCGUGGUGUGCUUGCUGCGGAGGAAGCGAGCGGCAUUCAUUACGUGCGGCCAUCGCGUCUGCUGCAUGGGAUGCGCUCGCCGAAUCCGCCACAGCCAGAACGCCGCCAACGCGAGGUGCCCGGUGUGUAGGCAAAGCGUGAGCGGAUAUAUCAGGGUAUACGACUGAUUUCUCGGCCGAUUCUUCAGAGCUCCAACGAGAUGGGAGGUGGCGAGUCAGGUGGUAAAGUUGGCGACAAUGUCUAAAUAGACAGGAUUUAAGAAGGGAAAGCUUCAACGUU